CGACAUUUCUUUUUCUUCUUUGCUUUUCCACACACACACACGCAAAUCGCACCCGAUUACCUUCAGUAUGGCGUACAGCUUCAGUCCGCAGCCUCAAUACCCUCUCCUCGAUGAUCAGUAUAACCCUACAGGAACAUUGCGCUCAUUCUCUGACGCAUAUUUCAACUAUCUCGAUACAUACUAUGAACCAAAAGGCACACAGUUGCUUGAGCCAGAAAAGAUGAAUGUCAUAUUCUCUCUCACGUUGCCCAAGGAGGAAGUUGCGCUUAAUGUUCAAUUUGGCUCCGUUGUCUACGACCCACAAUUUUUGGCUUUUCAGAUCGAGACGAUUUUUAACGCCCACGGCCCAUCGGUCACUCGGGCGGGAUUUCUUGCUUACCUUCGUUCCGAGAUAAUGAGUGACCCAGACACAGCCUGCAAGAACUUCAAUUCAGCUAACCAAGUGAUGCGGUUAGGGCCUCCAUUCGUUCGGUCACAGUUCCCUAGGGUGGCAGAACCAAGAGCCAAAGAGUUAAUGUCAUAUGUCCAAACUCGCAUUGACAAAGACGUUCAGACUAUUCGCGGUGGAGUUACUAGUGAAGAGGAGGAGCUGAACGCCUUGAAGAUAAGGCUUGCUUUAGAGCAGCAGGGCAUGCAGGCAGCAAUUGAUCUCAUUGACGGCCCGCGCUAUUGCUAUAACUGUAGAAGGCGCCCAUGCACAUGCAGUGGGAUUUUGGGACUCAUCUAGAUAUGACUAAUUAAUAGGCAUCCUACUUGAGUAUAUGUCAUUUUAUUUGUUCAUGUAUUAAAAAACAAUUUCAGACGGAC